AUGGUUUACACACGCUCACUACUGUUGAGCGCUCUGGCGGGCUUGACUGCCGUCAAUGCGAUCCCCACGAUCGAGGUCAAGGGCAGCAAGUUCUUUACCAGCGAGGGCAAUCAGUUCUACGUCAAGGGUAUCGCGUACCAACUCGUUCCUGAAGACCCACUGAUCGACGCUACCCAAUGCCGUCUCGACGCCACGCUCAUGAAGACCAUCGGCACCAACUCGAUCCGUGUGUACCAUGUUGAUCCUAACGGGGAUCAUACAGGUUGUAUGAAGGCAUUCGCGGAUGCAGGAAUCUACCUGUGGCUCGACCUUGACACAUUCACUACGCAAAUCGAGCAGACAAGUCCCCAUUGGAACCAGGGUCAGCGUGAUUCUUUCGCCAAAGUCAUGGACGAGUUUCACCAGUUCGACAACACCGCUGGUUUCUUCGUUGGCAACGAGAUCUUGACUACAGCCAACGGCUCUGCAGCAGCACCCUACGUCAAAGCCGCUGCGCGUGACCUGAAAGCUCACCGCACCUCCAAAGGAUACCGUAAUAUCCCCGUCGGCUACUCUGCCGCUGACAUCGCCUCGCUGCGUCCCAUGCUCCAGAACUACCUCGCUUGUGGUGACAAAGCCGCUGAAACAAUUGAUUUCUUCAGCUUGAACGCGUACUCAUGGUGCGGCGGCAGCACCUACGAGCAAUCCGGGUACAAGGUCCUCGAACAGAACUCCACCGAUCUCCAUAUCCCUAUCUUCAUGUCGGAGACUGGAUGUAACACAGUGCGCCCUCGUGACUUCAAGGACCAGGAGGCGAUCUAUGGGGAGAUGUCGGACGUGUGGUCUGGCAGUAUCGUCUAUGAGUGGAUCGAAGAGGCCAACAACUACGGUCUCAUCAAGUAUGGCGACAAGGUUGAUCCGGCUGGCCCUUCUGCACCUCCAGAUGGCUUCCCGCGCUCUGGAACCCCAACGCCCAUCUCCCCUGACUUCCCCAACCUUGGCAACGUCUGGAAAACACUCAACCCCUCUGGCGUCAAAGCAAGCAACUACAAUCCCACGAACAAGCCCGUGGCUUGCCCGGAUUUCACGAGCGGUGUUUGGGAGGUUAACCCGACAUCUGCGCUGCCUACACUUGGGCAGGUGCAUACCUUUGGCUCUCAAGCGACUGGCACAUCAGGAUCUGGAUCGUCGGGAUCGUCUAAGCCGUCUGGAUCGUCAGCUACUGGCACCGCUGGUCAGGCGUCAGCGACCGCAUCGCCUGGUGCUGCCCCUAAGAGCCUUAGCAGAGAGUUGAAGGGUAUGGGCGCUGCGUUGGCUGGAUUGAUGGCCGUGUUCGCGUGGCUAUGA